AUGGUCUCCGUUCCAUUCGCUGGUACCGAGCUUGGACCUGUUGAUGUGGCCAUCAUUGGGGGCGGCUUCAGUGGCCUCGCCGCCGCCAAGGACCUUGUGGCUGCGGGAAAAUCCGUCAUUGUUCUCGAAGCACGCGAUAGGGUUGGUGGAAAGGUUUAUGACAAGGAGGUGAAGAACAAGGAUGGCGGCAAAGUCGAGCUUGGGGCUGAGUUUGUCUGCAACAAUCAUACCCGACUCCUUGCCUUGGCAAAGGAGCUGGGCGUGAAGACCUUCCGCACAUAUGCCGACGGGAAGAUGGUUCUCUGCACAAAAGAAGACCGUCUCCUCUAUGAUCCGAUUGAAUCACAGGGACUACCUCCACUUCCGGAAGAAGAUCUCAUCACGCUUGGAACGGUGUCUGCUCAGCUCAACGAGUUCGCUGCUGAGCUCGAUGUAUGGAAGCCAUGGGCGCACUGCAACGCAAAGGCAUGGGAUAGCCUGACCAUGUCCACGUGGCUGGAUGGUUUCACCAAGAAUGGAAUUGCACGGGAGGUCCUUGACUUGACACUGCGGGCAGUUUUAUCCGCCGAGCCAGAAGACAUCUCCUUCUUGAGUGUCCUGGUCUACAUUGCUCGUACUGGCAGCGAGGGAGUUCCAGGCCGUAUCGAGAUGUUGACCAAUGUGAAGGAUGGAUCGCUAGAGGAUCGGAUCGAGGGGGGACCACAAAGUAUUGCGAUCAAGCUAUCAGAGCGGCUCGGCAGCGAAAAGGUCCGACUGCGGUCUCCUGUUCGACAGGUUUUACGCAACGAGCUGGGGUACUCGGUAGUGGGCGAUACUUUCAAGGUGCAAGCAAAGAAGGUCGUCAUUGCCAUAGCUCCAGCCCUAGCGGGCCGCUUGGUGUAUAGUCCUCCUCUUCCAGCAAUCCGCGACCAGCUUUGCCAACGAGUUCCCAUGGGCUCUUUGGGCAAGGUAUUCGCCAUUUACGACACCCCAUUCUGGCGUCACGAUGGCCUCAGUGGUGAGGUAGCCAGUGUUGAAGGAGUUACACAGUCAACAUUUGAUAGUUCACCUCCCGAUUCAAGCUUCGGAGCCCUGAUGGGAUUCUUGGAAGCCAAUGAGAUGCGCAGACUCGAUGGAGCUCCGGAGCAGGAGAUAUUUGACGCCGUCAAGAAGGACUUUAUCAGAUACUUUGGACCCAAGGCAGCAAACGUCCAGUCGUGGAUGCUUCAGCGAUGGGAUAACGAAGAAUAUUCAAGGGGGGGUCACACUGGCCUCUUCCCACCAAAUGUAUGGACUCAGUUUGGCCCUGCUCUGACACAGCCUAUUGACGGGAUCUACUUUGCGGGUACUGAGGCAUCACCAUACUGGGCGGGGUUUAUGGAAGGCGCUAUCAUGGCGGGUGAAGCUGCAGCUAAGAGUAUUAUGGAUGCUAAAUGA